UGGUGGGAGGGAAGAUCCAAGUUGCAUUACGUUGACAGAACAAUAUGUUCUGUCUCUGACAUUAAACGUAUGAUUAUUCGUGGUUAAUUGAAUUAAUGAUAAUUGAAAGUGUAAUUAUAGUGUUUGAAAUUGAAAGCAUGCGAUGCCCGCACGUAGAAGACGUGGUACAGAGGUAGACAGUGAUUUUAGUGUCAUAACCUCAAACCAAUUGACGUCGAGUAAUCAAGGGCAACAGUAUUAUUACGAUAAUGAGAAGACAGGGCUGAGUGAUACGGAUACGAGCGAUAUUUAUCCAGUGGUCAUGACAUCCAGGGAUCGGACUAAUGAGUUUGCCAAUGCCAUCAGGAGCAUGCAGGGGAGGACAGCAGCCAGGGCGGCUACUGUCCGCAAUCCCCGGCAGGCUAGGAGCCUUCAGAGUUACUCCAAUUUUAUGAUGAUUGCGAAGAACAUUGGGAAGAAUAUUGCCAGCACUUAUGCCAAGCUCGAGAAGCUGACGAUUUUGGCUAAAAAGAAAUCCAUAUUCGAUGACAGACAAAUUGAAAUUGAAGAAUUGACGAACAUUAUUAAAAUGGAUUUGAACAGUCUGAACAAGCAGAUUGCUCAAUUGCAGGAACUUGGAAGGAAACAGAGGGAAUCAUCAUCCCAAGGGCAUCAUAUUUCCUCACAUUCGUCGUCAGUAGUCGUCGCACUGCAAUCGAAGCUCGCUAAUAUGUCGAAUCAGUUUAAAAGUGUUCUUGAAGUGAGGUCUGAGAACAUGAGAGAAGAGCAGAACAGACGAGAGCAAUUCACCCAGGGUCAUGUAUCCACAAAACUACCGCCUAGUGUAAUGAGUGGACAGCAAGGGUCUCUUCUCCUCCAGGAACAGGACUCCAGCACAACUGUCAGCAUAGAUUUUGAUCCUGACCCGAGGCAAAUGAUGAUGCAGAAGACUAUGCGUGACGAUAGUAGUGCAUAUGCUGCAGCCAGAGCAGAUACCAUGCAAAAUAUUGAGUCAACAAUUGUUGAACUCGGGGGCAUAUUCCAACAACUCGCCCACAUGGUGAAGGAACAAGAGGAAAUGGUCGAGAGGAUAGACAGUAAUAUUGAAGAUGCCGAAAUGAACGUAGAAGCUGCCCACACAGAGAUCUUGAAAUAUUUUCAAUCAGUAACCAACAACCGAUGGCUGAUGAUAAAGAUAUUCGGUGUUUUAAUAUUUUUCUUCAUAUUUUUCGUUAUUUUUGUGGCAUAAGGAAUACUGCCCACUUAGAACUGAUCCACUAUAUCAUGGGAAUUCUGUGAAGAGGGAGGUUCCACAGGUUUUGUCAAAUUUUAGAUAUAAAUAAUGUAUAAAGCAUUUGCAGCAUUCCUCCAUUCAAAGUCUUUGCAAAGGUUCUUGUAAAAUAUAUUAUCCACCUAAUCGUUUAUAAAUAUAAUUUUUGAAGGAA